AUGUCCGUUGGGAAGCAGCCGGACUGGCGCACAAAACCUCACCCAGACCAGUCCCCCACGAUCAUUGGCAAUUCCAAGAAUUUUUGGAAAUGGUCCAAAGAGGAGGGCUUCGACCUCACUCACCCCCCAACUCCCGAGUCCGAGCCAGUGCAAGGACGAAUGAGGCUGCAAUGUGCGUUGACGCCAGUCGUCAUCGACCCAGCCAAAACUGCACUCUUGGUUAUCGAUCUUCAAAACUACGACCUCUCCAAAGCCUUGGGCAACCACAAUCAGGCUGUUUUCGACGCCGAAGACACAGUUCUGAACUACGCUAUUCCAGCUGCCCGCAAGAGUGGCAUCCAGAUCAUAUAUGUCACCACCGGCUACUCCGAUCAAGAUCUUCUAGAGAUGGACCCGGCUGUGUUUAGAACUUUCAAUUUCGAACCAGUUGUAGACUCUCCUAACUGGGCCGAGCUCCCACCCGGAGAAGGAUACAGCAACAAGGGCCAGUACCGCAACAAGAAAGGUAUUGGCGACCCCAUUGGCGAGAUAGAGCUCGAAGAUGGCACCAAGAUCGAUGCAGGAAGGAUUCUAGUUCGCGGCACGUGGAACAGCUGGCUGCAUGAUCCUCUGGCAGCUGCGUACGAGGAGAGCCAGAGUAUGGAGCUUCCAGACAUUCAUUUCUACAAGAACCGCAGCUCGGGAAUGUGCGAACGAAUGACCGCCCUUACCGAUUAUCUCAAUGAGAAAAACCUCAGAACUCUCCUCUUUACUGGAAUCAACAUAGACCAAUGUGUCAUGGGUACCUUGCAAGAUGCGUACUUGAAAGGCUUCGAUACAAUCUUGCUCAAGGACGGCUGUGCGACGGAUAGCCAGAAAUAUGCCCAGAUGAGUUGCGAGUUUAACUGUGCCAUUAGCUGGGGCUUCCUUUCUAGUUGCAAGGAUUUCGCAGAUGCAGUUUCUAAGCUCUAG